UCGUCCAGCCAAUCAGCGAUCGCACAGGGCGUGGCCCAGUCCUGUUCUUCACAGCUGAUGACGUCAGCUGGAAUCUGCGGUCGGGUACGACGUCCAGGUCGACUCGGAGCAAGUACGACACGAUGGUCAUCAUCAAGGAGUACCGUGUAGUUUUACCCUGCAGUGUUGAGGAGUAUCAAGUCGGACAGUUGUUUUCUGUGGCGGAAGCGAGUAAAAAUGAGACAGGCGGCGGUGAGGGGAUUGAAGUACUCAAAAAUGAACCUUAUGAGGAAGAUGGAGAGAAAGGACAGUUUACACACAAGAUUUACCGCCUGAAGAGUAAAGUGCCAACAUUUAUUCAGCUCUUAGCACCAGAAAGCGCCUUUGUAUUUCACGAAAAAGCCUGGAAUGCCUACCCUUACUGCAGGACUGAAGUGACGAAUGAAUAUAUGAAAGAUAAUUUCUUGAUCAGGAUUGAGACAUGGCAUAAACCUGAUCUUGGAACACAAGAAAAUGUGCACAAACUAGAUCGUUCGUCCUGGCAGCAAGUCAGCGUUGUACCUAUUGACAUUGCUGACAGAAGUCAAGUUUCAGCAGCUGACUACAAGCAAGAUGAGGACCCCGCCAAGUUCAAGUCAAUUAAGACCGGGAGAGGACCACUUGGGCCUUAUUGGAAGAAAGAGUUGAGUGCCAAGACCGACUGCCCUCGAAUGUGUGCCUACAAACUAGUCACAGUCAAGUUUAAGUGGUUUGGGCUGCAGAAUAAAGUGGAGAAUUUCAUCCAUGAGCAAGAAAAGAGGAUCUUCAACAACUUUCACCGUCAGCUUUUCUGUUGGAUUGACAAGUGGGUGGAGCUAACAAUGGAUGACAUUCGACAGAUGGAGGCAGAGACUCAGAAGGAGCUGGAUGAGCUCCGCAAAAAAGGUGAAGUAAGAGGAACGAGUGCUGCAGACGAAUAAAGCAGCGAAGGAUUUCUAAACGGCAGCAAUGGCGGCUGCUCACAGGGCUUCUUCUCUGGCACUUUCCCUUCUUACCUAGAAGCAUUCAGGCUGUGGGUGGCGUGCGUGUGGAUGUGUUUGAGAAGCGGGAGGGGGGGGGGGGGGUCUCACGCAGUCAAUCGAGCAGAGCCCUCGCUUGCCACCCAAUCAUAGGCCUUCUAUCCACUGAGCAAUUGAUUUGUAGAACUCGAACACCCUCUUAACCGACCUGCUUUUGAUUUUUGCAUUCCUCAGAGUGGAUAUGAAAAUGAACCAUUUUUUUUGAUCACGAUACAUUUGAGUGGAGCUUAAUUCUCGCCCUGAACUCAGAUUGGCAUGUAUGGACCUAAUAUAACAUUUUGUUGUUGUUUUUUUUGGUUUUUUUUUUUAGCCUCAAAACAUUCCUCUUGAGAUGAUGCCCAGUUUGAUCUUUUUCACAGUUUUAACUGUACACACAGGCUCAACGGUUUGCAUUCCUCUGUGUGUAACUUUAUUUUUUUUUUUUUCCUGUUCCUCCACAACCUCCAUUUAAGAGAUUACUCUCGCCCUUUGCACCUCCGCCCAUUGUAAUCCUCCCAUCAACAGCCCGCCUAACCCAAAGCGCUGCAUCUUAUUAACACCGACAAUCAUGCCCGUGCAGGUCUUCACACUCCCUCCGCGCGCGCAAAUGACACAUCUACAUUAGGCGCAAAAACCGACGCGCUCGCACUCCCAGGUGCAAAUGCCUUUGGGGUGACUGAUCCUCAUCAAGAACCCGGGCAGAUCCCUGCAAGCUUGAUCAGCCAGGUGAUGUUAAUUUGGAGGAUGUCUCCCCCCCAUCCCCCCUUCCUUCCUAUCUUGAAGACGUUCAGGUGUCACGCUGCAUUCACGUGCCCCCACACAUGCACUGGAAAAGCAGUCAGCGAUGGUGCUCGAGCCCUCGAGGGUGGUGCUGCACGGCCCACCUUCUCCCACCUGCCUUGUUUUGCCGUGUACACACAGUUUCUUUCUUCCUCUCCGUUCUCAAUCAGUUUACAUGUUUUACCAGUGGCCAGUCCAAACCCAGCGCUGCCCACAGCUAGCCUUAACCUCUGAACCUUUCGGACUUAAUCUACCCGUCGUACCUUUGCAACCAGCUGCUCGCUUUAGCUACCUCCCUUCUUUCCGGCUGACCAUUUCACCGACAUCCAAAGGUCAACGCUUGCGAUUGCCGUAGCAACGACUGUACAGUUUGGAGUCAUGGAUUGCAGGGCUUUAUGAUAUUUCCUGUUUGCCAAAUGUAAUUUGAUUCAAUUUUUUUUUUGUGCUACUUGUCUGAAUUUCCACUGUUUGAUGGACAUGCCAUAUUAAUGAGUCCCGAGUUUCAACUCUACAGUGCACUUUCAGUAUAGCCUUUAUAAUUGUGUGUCAAGGGCUAUAUUUUUGAAUCAUUACUCGUGUAACAUACAUUUCACAAUUGCGUCUUCUCUGGAGUUUAUUUGUGCAUUUGUAAUCAUAAGGACCAUAGACAUUUCUAUUGUAAUAUUCUUACAGAUGUUUUCCCCCCUUUGUGAUAAGAGUUCCUUCUGAUCAUUUCAUAUCCAAAGAAUGUCAAUCCAUGUGUUUACACGUAUUUAGAAAUUAUCAGAUGGUAAAAUAGGACAAGGAGGUGGCAUUGAAAAAAUAGUCUCCAGUAUGAUAUUGUGAUGAUGUUCCAUUAACCUUCCUUUGACCAUAUGAUUUCAUUAAGAGUAUUAUAAUUUCAGGAUUGCGCAAAGUGUCUUGGAGAGCUUGCGCCUUUUGAAAACUGUACAUAUGAAAGAUGAUCUGUUGUAGUUGUCUGACCCAAAAAAAAUCUCAGAGGAUGCCCUUCUGUCAACUGUACAGAGUAUCCGAUAUAGUUCUGUCUGUCGUCUUCCUCCUGCCGCAAAUUUAACAGAAUACCUGCUGGCUGAAAUUACACAUUUGAGCUGAACAAUCAGUCAUAACACUGAUGGAGGUGGCAAGUGUUUCUGUGCAACGACUACACUGUCUGCAGCUAAAUUAUAAACUCUACAACUGUAAAAAUAAUCAGAACUGUGUGAUUCUUUUUGUUUUUGAUCUGAUUUGAUCAUUGGGGGGGACAUGGGUUUUGAAUGUAUAUGUUGUGCCGUUUCUGCCUUAAAAUCCUCAAGUGUUAUAUUAAAUAUACGUGAUCGAAAUAAAUACAUUUUGAGAAAAU